AUGGAUCAAGUUUAUACUUUCAUAUUAAGAAAGUGUAAAAUUUAUAAACGUUCAUUCGGUGUUCUAAUUCGUGUUGAAGACAAGCAAUUUGUUACUUUGGAUGAUGAUUAUUUGAUAGAUUUCAAGCCUUUCAUUCCAAAGGGCGACUCUUCAACUGAUGCUCAACCAUUUGAUUUAUCAAACAAAGUUAUAUUGCAAGUUAUUUUGAAAGAUUAUGUUUUACACUCGACUAGUGGUCAAGAACUUCUGGCAGCUGGAGAAGGUAUAAGAACUCAAAAUAAUGAAUAUACAAGAAAAAUUAAUACAAGUGUACCUGUUUCAGAAUCACAACAAUUAAAAUCGUUGACAUUGUCAAAUCCUCCACAUAUGGGUUUUACUCGUGAUGUCAAUAAACAGCAAAAGAAUCAGUACAUAAGUGAUAAUAUUAUACGAAUCCAAGGAAAAAAAGAUCCAACAAAAGAUUCUGUAUUGCCUAGAUUUCAAAUUUGGUAUAAACAAUUUAAAGAAGACAACGUUCGUGACUGGACAUUAAUUGCUUACAUUGUACUGGAUGAAUAUAAAUCAGGAAAGCGCACAUUGUACAAGGAUUCAUUGCGAGCUUUUGUUAAAAAAGAAAAGAUAGACAAAUACUUGGAUGAAUAUGAAAUACCUAUUGAAGGUGAAGACUGGAUCAGUAAAAGUGAAUCUAAUCUCGAAUUAUGCGUGGUAGCAAAAAAAGAAGCAAAAUUAAAACGAAAUCGUGGUAAAGUAAUUCCUUUAUGUGAAAUCAAAAACAGUGAUACAAGUCAAGGAGCACAAUCCUCCAUUGACUCUAUUAAGUCUCGUUUGGCUAUUGUUUUGAAAAAAGGUUCUGAUAUUCAAUGGGAAACUUUAGUUCUGUCAAAUGAAAUGGUCUUUACAAGGAAAUCUGAGAUUUCCUGCGUAUCUAAUAUUUUGAAAAUACCAAAAAAGGUAUCAACAUCAUCAAAACAACUUCAAUCGAUGAAACGUCAUCAAAUGGCAUCAAAUACAAAACCAAAAGGAACAAAAAAAGCAAAAAUACAAACUCAUGCAUCAACAGAGAAUCUCAUGAUAAACAAUAAUGAUUCUGCUAUGCAUGUCAAUGGAGAUCUCGUAGCAUGUGAUAAUACUACAAGUAUAAUUAUGGACAUUACACCUCAACCGAUGCCAAAUAAUUCAUCAAGUGACCCACAGCUUCUUCUCGACGACUUAUUAAAUACCGAUUUCUCAGCUGUACAUUCAAUUAAUAUGCUUGAUUUUGAUCUUGAUUUAGAUACAAACAAUAUCAUGACUUCUAAUGAUCCUCGCUUAUCUGAUGCUGCUACCUUUGAUCCUUCAAGUUAUUUUUAA